AUGAGUCCCAUCGUCGUCACCCCGGGACAGACAACAGAGGUCGUGACACAGCUCCGCUCACUACAGCAGACAUACGAGAGGUCCGCCACUCGGUUCGAGAUUGAAAUAUUCUCGUUUGCGGAGAACUACUGGAGAGCGUGCGCCAAGUGCGUCGUCCAUGUUGAAUUUGCACAGGAAGCUCGCACUGAAGUUGAUGGUGGUCAGGAGAACCAGCUUCUCGCUGCGUCGCUGGCUCGCAAAUACGAUCAAGCCAAAGGCAACGCAAAAUUCAGCAUCCCCAAUGCCGAUUUUUAUCCAUGGCUCCAAGAGAACGGUUUCAAGUACGGGCCAACUUUCUCUCUUGCUGACCAGGUUUGCUGGGACGGGGGUGAUCUUGCCAUUGCCGAAGUGAACGUUGGGGCCCCGGUUGACUCGUUUAAGGAGGGCGUUGUCCAUCCUGGGAUUCUCGAUUCCUGCUUACAGAUCUGCCCUAUCCCACCAUCUGAUGGAAUGUCCUUGAAUAUCCCGACCUCCGUCCCUCACCAGAUCAAGGACGCCUGGAUUGCGGAGACCGGGUGGCUUAACCCAUCCUCGGAACGGGUCAAGGUCUUGACAGAGGCAAAGCUGAAGCCCAUUGGUGCUGGUAUCGACUGCGAAGUGUCUAUAAUAUCGGAAACUGGUGGCCUUCUUUGCCAUAUCAAGUGGCUGGAAAUGUCGCCGCUCAUGGCGAGUGAAGUUGGUGCUACUAGCGCAAGGACGUUGCUACAUCAUAUUGACUGGAAGCCUCACGCGUCGUUGCCUGCUCUUGAACAGCCCAAUGGCUCUUUAACCAAUGGAAAGCCAUCACGGAAGGAGGAGACAGCGGUCUAUGACCGGUCAGAGCUUGAACAGACCCUAAGGUCCGUCGCACAGAAGAGCAUUGCCAGCCUGGGAGAUAUCGACUGGGAGAAGGCUCCAAGCCACAUGAAGAAGUACAUCUCCUGGAUAGAACGUCAAAUUCAUCAAAAGACAAACGGGAACGUUCCUGAAUUGGGCGAUCUUACGAGCAAAAUAGAAGAUCUGGCCACGAAACAACCCUCAUGGAAGGUGUUUGCAGACAUCGCAAAGAACUUUGUCUCCAUAAUUCGUGGAGAAGCACACGAUGUCGACCUGUCCACUUCAUCGACCUCGUUUCAAGAUUAUCUUGAUGAAGCGGUAGCUGAAGUCUUGAACGAAGAUCUCGAGUCCCACGUGGAACUGCUAGCUCACCAGAAGCCGACUCAGAGGAUCCUUGAGCUUGGCGCCCGUAGGGGCGCUCUCACAAAUUACGUCCUUUCAGUGUUCGAGGGAAUUGAAGCUCGUACGGGCGGAAUAGCAUUUUCCGAGUACACAUAUUCGGAGUCGUCCACCGGACUGCUCGAAGAAGCCAAAAAGCGAUUUGCUGAACAUCAGCACCGCCUAGAUUUCACGAGCCUCGAUGUUAACAAGGACCUAAUCGCGCAAGGGCUACAGCCUGCGAGCUACGAUGUGAUUUUCGCAGCAGACGUCAUACGGGGGGCUAAGGAAAUUUCAGCCGUCCUCCAGAACCUCCGAAAAGUGCUUACACCUGGUGGUCAGCUCUUCCUUUACGAGAUCACUGCCCCUGGCCGAUUCGAAAUUGGCUUCGCCCUUGGCGCCGCUGCAGACUGGUGGAGUGGCCAUGAAGACGAGCAAGACUGGGAUUGGACGGCAGCUCCCACCCAAUUGGAUGCGGCGCUCAAGGAGAAUGGAUUCUCAGGCACCGACCUGGUCAUCAAGGAUAGCCUCGUGGUGUCGAGGGAAGCGACGCAGCCCAGCCUUCCACUCACGGGUACCACAGUCUUCGUUGUGAUCGAUGACGUUGACUUCCAAAAGUCGCUUGCAGAUAGGAUCGUUCAGGCCGCUAGAUGGAACUCUCGAGUUCUCACACUGCAAGAGGUGGCAGACCAGAAGCUCGAGUCGGGAGAUUAUGUUAUCUGUCUUGCGGAUGUCUAUAAGCCAUUCCUGCAUCCUAUGAAGCAGGAGACUCUAAACCUUGUUCGAGAAUGGGUACGGCAAUCAACAAAUCUGUUCUGGGUUACUGCAUACGAUGCAGAGACCACUGAUCUUGCCUCAUCCUAUGUCUAUGCGGGGAUCAAGGACGGAUUCCUCCGUACGCUACGUUCUGAGUAUGCUCUAAAUCGCAUUGUCUCUCUCACGGUUGGUGACAACAGCCGUGGUGUCUCCACAUGCGCCAAAUACGUGUCUAGUGUUUUUGCAUCAGCAUUUGGUGGGCUCAUUUCUGAUGACGAGUACAUUGUGAAGAACGGCCAAGUCUUGACCGGACGACUCGUUGAUGAUACCAACACCAACAAGGAUCUGACACUGUCUAUCGAACCAGAAGGCAUCACUGAGCCGUGGUUACCAGGCCCGCCACUCAGACUGGUCAUCCAAACUCGUGGACAACUUGAGACUCUGCAGUUCAAAGAAGACCUUGCUUACUUCGAUGAGCUCCGCCCAACAGAUGUCGAGAUCGAAGCCAAGGUCUGGGGCGUCGGCUUCCGUGACGUGUUUGUUGCCCUCGGCCGCCUAGACGAAGACGAUUUUGGUGCGGACUGCGCAGGUGUUGUGACAAGAGUAGGAGCGGAGGUCACAUCGUUCAAGGCCGGAGAGCGUGUGUGCAUGCAGACCGUCGACGGUAUGAGGGCCUACCCCAAAUCCCACGAAUGGACGACGGCCAAGAUCGCAGAUAACGUCUCAUUCGAAGACGCUUGCGCUAUCGUUAUCCCCGGCAUGACCUCACUGCAGGGUCUCAUCGAAGUUGCACGCCUGGAGAAAGGGGAGAAAGUUUUGAUUCAUUCAGCUUCUGGCGGCACGGGUCAGCUGGCCGUUCAGGUCGCUCAAUGGGCUGGGGCAGAGGUCUUUGCGACCGUGGGAUACGACCACAAAAAGAAGCUCCUGAUGGACGAGUGUGGCAUCCCUGCUGACCAUAUCUUCUACAGCAGAGACACUAGUUUUGCCCAAGGCAUCAAGAGGAUCACCAAUGGCUACGGUGUCGAUGUUGUUCUAAACUCCCUGGCAGGCGAGCCUCUCCGUGCUUCUUGGGAGUGCAUUGCCCCCUAUGGCAGAAUGAUCGAGAUUGGCAAGGCUGAUAUCAAUGCCAACUCGUCGCUGCCAAUGGGGGGAUUCAAGAAGAAUUGCCUGUAUGCAGGUGUUGACCUUCACCACAUAGUAAAAGACAUAAACAAGAAGCGUCUGGCGAAGAGGCUUCUGCAGAAGGCGAUGGAUCUGGCCAGCGAAGGAAGUGUCCGAGCACCAAGCCCUCUCCACGUAUACGAUGUGGAUAAGGUGGAAGAUGCGUUCCGCUAUCUUGCGAGUGGGAAGAACACAGGUCGUAUUGUGAUCCGUGUUGAUUCAUCAACGGUCGUUGAGAAACAAUUGAUAAAGCGAAGAACCUGGACGUUUGAUGAGAAUGCCACAUACCUUGUAGCUGGUGGUCUCGGCGGUAUUGGUCGUUCGAUACUUCGGUGGAUGGUCACGCGAGGGGCGAAACACUUGCUCGUCCCAUCGAGAUCUGGUGCUGCCUCUACCGCAGCUUCUGAGCUUGUGCGUGAGCUUUCUGAUCAGAACGUCGUGAUAUCGACGCCGAAAUGUGACGUAUCUUCGAAAGAGUCUCUCGCGCGUAUGCUGGAGGAGUCUGCUGCGACUCUACCCCCAAUCAAAGGGUGUCUCGUUGCGACUAUGGUCCUGAACGAUUGCAUAUUUGAAAACAUGACUCUGACACAAUGGGAGGGGACCUCACGCUCUAAAAUUGAGUCUUCUUGGAACCUUCACGCCUUGCUCCCCAACUUGGAUUUCUUCAUACUGCUCUCAUCCGUCUCGGGUGUGGUCGGAAACCCAGGCCAGAGCAACUAUGCAGCGGGAUGUACCUUUCAGGAUGCACUGGCACGAUAUAGAAGCCAGCAAGGCCAGAAAGCCAUCUCCAUCGACCUCGGCGUGAUGCGCAGCAUCGGCAUCGUCGCCGAGAGUGAGAAGCUUCAGAAGCAUUUCCAGGGCUCGAAGGGUUUCAUCCAGAUUGAGGAGGCCGAGUUCCUGUCCCUGCUCAACAUCUGCUGCGACCCGUCGUACCAGCCAGGCGAGCAGCAGUGCCAGAUGGUGAUGGGCCUUGAGACCCCUGCCAGUCUUCUCGCACGCUCAGUCGAGCCACCCGAGGUCUUGCAGAGGCCGCUCUUCGCCCGCUUCAGUCAGCUCCCAGGCAGAUCCGCCAGCAGCAGCGACGGAACGGCCGUGGACGCAGGGCAGCUCUUCCGUCAGGCCGAGACUAUGGCCGAGCGUGCCCAGGUGGUCGUUGAGGCCCUCUCAAAGCGGCUGGCGCGGACACUGACAAUCAAGCCCGAGGACGUCGAUACGCACCAGGCCCUCCAUGCGUACGGUGUCGACUCACUGAUUGCUGUCGAGUUCAGGAGCUGGCUUGGCAAAGAGUUUUUGGCCGAUGUGCCUGUUUUUGAGAUUGUCAGUGGGAAGACGAUUGAAUCCAUCGGAGAGUUUGUGGCCAAGGCGAGGAGGAUCGAAAUCAAAGCGUCAGACUCCAAGUAG